UCAACAUCAACAACAACAACUUUUAAAAGAGCUGGUAAAAGCUCCAUUAACACAACAAGUUGGUGGGCGGGGUGUGCCAACGGAGACGGCCAAAACAGCGCCAUGACAGCCAACCCAGUUCAGCGACCCGACAGACAACAGUCGGAGACGGCGACGGAGACGGAGCCGGAAUCGGAGCUGGAGCCGGUGCUGCAACAUCAGCUGAAGCCGGGAAUGACAACAGAGUCCGGGGAAGCGAUUGCUCCGCAGUCGGAGCUAAUCGGUAUAUUCUAUGUGGAGAAUCGGCGACGCAAACAGAAUAUCAAAAUCAUGGUGAAGCUCUGUCCAGAUGGCAUCUAUUUGAGGCGCGAGACAGCUGAGAAUGAUCACAUCAAUGAGCAGCUGAUACGGAUCGAUGACAUCGUUGGCUCCAGUUAUGGCAAGCGGCUAAAGAAGCGUGCACGCGGCGGCCUCAACUCCUGCAAGAGUGCCAACCACGAGCCGCAGGAGGCGGCUGACGAGGAGGAGGAACAGCAGCAGCAGCAGCAGCAGCGGGAGCAGCAGAAAUCCUCGAAACGCCGGCAGCCGGGGCAAACGCAAGCGGAUAACAGCGCCUAUCUGUACAUCUAUGCCUAUCUGAAGAAGGAGAAACCGCUGCGUCGUGUGCAGACAUUGCGCAUCUUGCGAUUCCGGACGAGCGAUCACUAUGCCGAAAAUCUGAAUACUGCGCGGCUCUGGCAUCACACGAUACGGGAGCACAAACAGCGUGCGGCGGGCGAUCGGGCCAGAGAUCCGGGCAAAAAGUUGCUCAUAUUGUUGAAUCCCAAGUCGGGCUCGGGCAAGGGACGCGAACAGUUCCAGAAACAGGUGGCGCCAUUGCUGCGUGAAGCGGAGGCCCAAUACGAUCUGCAGAUCACAACGCAUCCACACUAUGCCCAGGAGUAUGUGCGCUCCCGCAAGGAUCUGCUGGAGCGUUAUGCGGGUAUUGUGGUCGCCUCCGGCGAUGGCCUCUUCUACGAGGUGCUCAACGGUCUGAUGGAGCGCAUGGAUUGGCGACGUGCCUGCCGUGAACUCUCGCUGGGCAUCAUACCCUGCGGCUCCGGCAACGGACUGGCCAAGAGCAUUGCCCAUCACUGCAACGAGCCAUACGAACCGAAACCCAUACUCCAUGCCACGCUCAUCUGCAUGACCGGCCGGGCAACGCCGAUGGAUGUGGUGCGCGUGGAGCUAAAUCAUCGGGAUAAGCACUUUGUGAUGUACUCGUUCCUAUCGAUCGGCUGGGGCCUCAUCGCCGACAUUGAUAUUGAGAGCGAAAGGUUGCGCUCGAUUGGCGCCCAACGGUUUACACUGUGGGCCAUCCGGCGGCUCAUCACGCUGCGCUGCUAUCCGGGCAAGCUCUUCUAUCUGCCGGCAAGCACAAAGCACACCGAGCACGCAGCGGAAGCAGCAGCGGAAGCAGAAACAGCAAUCGAAUCCGCGCCAGAAUCGCCUGUGGAAACAGUUGAGCCACAUACUGUGGCGACGCGAGCGUUUAGCGAAUUCAAAGAUUUGCCCGAUGAGUCGGAUGUACAGCUGCGCGCACAUGAAUCCGAUUCGGAUCAGUUUGCCGACGCGCUGUCCAUGGAUCGCAGCGUCUAUCGCCAGAAUGGGGACAGCUGGCACUCGGCGGUGUCGCGCCGCACCGCCUACUACUCGGUGGGCGGACAGAGUACACGCUCCAACCGCAGCCGGCUGAGUGUGGCCCAGCGCAUUGAAGCGGCCAAUGCCGAGUUCAGUCAGCUGGUGCCGGCGAGCACAAUGCCCGGAUUACAGCUGCCGCUGCCCGCCGCCGAUGGCUGGCUAUCGGAGUCGGGGGAGUUCGUGAUGGUGCAUGCGGCAUACACAACGCAUCUGGCAUCCGAUUGCUUCUUUGCGCCGGACUCACGCUUGAACGAUGGCCUCAUCUAUCUGGUGGUCAUACGAGCCGGCGUCGGACGCUCUCAACUGCUCAAUUUUCUGCUCAGCAUGCACAAUGGCACGCAUCUGCCCGUGGAGGAGGAUCCCCAUAUCCAGGUGUUGCCCGUGCGAGCGUUUCGCAUUGAGCCAAGCGGCUCCAACGGCAUUUUAACCAUUGACGGCGAACGCGUCGACUAUGGACCCAUUCAGGCAGAGGUAUUUCCAGGCCUGAUCAAUGUCAUGACAACUACGGGCCAAUGAGUAGAUCGCCCAUCAACAUUCCGAGUUCCCGGUACAUGUAUUUAGCUUGAUAAUGCACUUGACUAAUCGAUUAAGACUGUUUUUUUUUUUCAUUUUUUUUUUCUUAGCGUUUGUUACGACUUUUUUUUUAACUACUUCUAUUGUUAUUUAUAUUUAAAGACACCACACAAAUAAAAGGGCAGCCAAUUUAAUAUUAGCACAUGCGAGAAUUUUUUAUUGUACUUUACAUACAUAUAAGUAUAUCCGAGGCCCUACCCAUUUGCACACUUCAAUAAACAAUUGCUUUUUAUUGCUAAAUAACAGCUUGAGGUUAAUUUACAUCAUGGCUGCCAGCGCAACAGC